AUGUCUAUGAAAUUAACUGCUGUCCUAGCUCUAGCUGUCGCUGCCGUCAUGGCCGACGAAGUCUCUGAAUACCAAGUUGCUCAAUUUGAAGGUAUGUUGGUCGAUGUCAACGCUCAUUUGAAAGAUUACAUGUCUCUAGCUAUGAACGAUGCUGACUUCACUAUUCCAUCUGGUGUUUUGGAUGUUUACGAACACAUGACUACCUACGCUGCCGGUGACGACUCUUACACUUCUCUAUUUACUGAAAUUAACUUCGCUCAAGUUACCACUGUCAUUCAAAGACUACCAUGGUACUCCUCCAGAAUGAUGCCAAUCAUUGAAUCUUACCUAUCUGCUCACAGUUUCACUGACACUGCUGCUGGUGGUGCUGCUGCCGGUUCCUCUUCUGCUGCUGCUUCCUCUUCUUCUUCUGCUGCUGCUUCCUCUUCUUCUUCUGCUGCUGCUUCCUCUUCUUCUUCUGCUGCUGCUUCCUCUUCCUCUUCUGCUGCUGCUUCCUCUUCUUCUUCUGCUGCUGCUUCCUCUUCUGCUUCCUCUGCUUCCUCUUCUGCUUCCUCUUCUUCCUCUUCUUCCUCUUCUGCUUCCUCUUCUUCUUCUUCUGCUUCCUCUUCUUCUUCUGCUUCCUCCUCUUCUUCUUCUGCUUCCUCCUCUUCUUCUUCUUCCAAGAACGGUGCUGCUCAACUAACCACUGGUAUGGGUGCUUUCGCUGCUGCCGUCGCCAUGCUAUUAUAA